AUGGCGCAAUGGGCCCUCGCUGUCCGUCCCAGUGGCAAGCCCGUGACCUCACUUCCAGCAGCCCGGCUCCAACACGAACCUUCCUUCUCACUUUCCGAGGCAGCAAAGGGGCCGGCUGUGGCUGAUGGAGUGUUGGGUUCAGCCUGUGACCAUGGCGCCGCUCACGGCCGCUGGCUAUUGGAUGUCAGCACCGGAAAAUACAGGUGGGAAUUCUUCCCGUGCGCUGCUCCCCUUCCUCCGCCGUCCCACUGGGUCUCCGCCUUGGCAUCACGUGGCAUCAGGGAGAUCAACUUCGUGGGGGACUCACACCAACGCUUCCUCAUGCUGCACCUCGCUUACCUCUUGACGCACAGAGUCAAUGACUCGCACGUGGACUAUCAUGGGGAUAUCUCCAUCUCUGUACCUGGCCCUGCUCCAGCCAACGAUGUAGCGCCACAGGGAGGUGGUGAAUCAGCGUCGGGCGUCCGAUGGGGUCUUAGAGGGGAAAAUGACGGGACUCAGCAGCGAGAGCAGCAGAACAGCAGGAGUUUGGGGGACUGA